AUGCCGGUGCAGUGGACCGCGGAGGCCGACGCCAAGCUCUUCGUCGGCGUCCUCAACCAAUGCCAGGGCCGACUGAAACUCGACUCCCGGAAACUCGCCGACUACAUGGGAGGAGACUGCACUGCCUGCGCUGUCGAGCAACGCAUGACCAGGCUCAAGAGACUGGCUAAGGCUGUCGUCACUCCCGGUGUCGGUGCUGCUGCUGCUGCUGCUACAUCUUCGGCCAAGCGUAAGGCGGCUGUUGCUGCUGGAUUGAGCGGAGAGGAGGGUGAUGAAGAUGCUGCGCAGAAGAGAUCGCUGAAGAAGGUGAAGGCGAAGGCGCUGAUGAAGAUGCAGGAGGUGAAGGAUGAGUAGCAGGAGGGUGGUGUAUUAUGAUGGAAGAGCAGCACCAGCGUGCGG